ACACAGACACACACACAGAAACAAGACCAAGAGAAACAAGUUUUAUAUUAAAGUUUAAAGAUGCCACUGCGGGACGAACUCCUGAAGUCCAUCUGGCACGCGUUCACAGCUCUGGAUGUGGACAAAAGCGGGAAAGUGUCCAAAUCUCAGCUGAAGGUGCUGUCCCAUAACUUAUGCACAGUGAUGAAGAUCCCACACGACCCUGUGGCUCUGGAGGAGCAUUUCAAAGACGACGACGAGGGUCCCGUCUCCAACCAGGGAUACAUGCCGUACCUGAACAAAUUCAUCCUGGAUAAGGUGACGGAUAACUUUGACCGUCAGGACUUCAACAAGAUGUGCUGGACGUUGUGCUUCAGGAAAAACCUGGGCCAAAGCCAGCUGUUCAUCUCCAACGAAGACGCCUUCAAGAUCUGGUGCAUCUUCAACUUCGUGUCAGAGGACAGAUACCCGCUGAGCAUCGUCACAGAGGAGAUCGAGUACUUCUUGCGUAAGCUGACGGAGGCGAUGGGGGGCAGCUGGGUGGAGGAGCGCUUCGAGGACUACAAGCUGCAGCUGAUCUCGAAGGAGCAGAGUCUGAACGCCUGGGAGUUCAUCAAGCUCAUCGGGUCGGGUCAGUUCAGCAAAGGGAUGGACCGCCAGACACUCUCCAUGGGCAUCAACGAGGUCUACCAUGAGCUCAUCCUGGACGUGCUCAAACAGGGCUACAUGAUGAAGAAAGGUCACAAGAGGAAGAAUUGGACAGAGCGCUGGUUCUUGCUGAAGCCGAACGCCAUCUCGUACUACGUUGGCGAGGACCUGGCUGAAAAGAAAGGAGACAUUUUACUGGAUGGGAACUGCUGUGUAGAGCCGCUACAAGAUAAAGAGGGAAAGAAAUGCCUCUUCAUCAUCAAGUCGUCGUACAAAAGCUUUGAGAUCAGCGCGUCGGACAAGAAGAAGAAGCAGGAGUGGAUCCAGGCCAUACAGACCUGUGUGAAUCUGCUGCGUCAGGGCCGGCCGGCGCUGCACCACGAGGCUCGACAGAAGCGCCGUGACAUGCGGCUGAAGCAGCAGGCUGAACAGGAGGAGCUGGAGCUGAGGAUGAGGGAGCUGCAGACGGCCAACGAGGCCAAACAACAAGAGCUGGAGAACAUGAGGAAGGCUCUGGAGGACGCUGCAUCUAAUGCAGCAGAAGAAGAACGAAGGCGUCUCCAGACCCAAACCGAACUCCAGGACCGUUACAAGGUGGACCUUGAGAGGGAGAAAAUGGUGCGUCAGCAGAUGGAGGAGCAGGUGGCUCAGAAGUCCACCGAGCUGGAGCAGUACCUGCAGCGGGUUCGAGAGAUGGAGGACAUGUACAGUCAGCUGGAGGACGCUCUGGAGGAGGAGAGGCGUGCCAGACAGGACGAGGAAGCCGUCCGCAGGCUGCAGGCACAGUUAUUGGAGGAGGAGGCAGCAAAGCGGGUCGAGUUGGAGCAGAUCCACCUGAAGCAGCAGCGCGCCAUCUCAGAGACGGAGGCGGAGAAACAGGAGCUGGAGAAGGAACGUCUGGCUAAGGAGAGCGCACUGCAGGCUGCCAUGAACCAACUGGAACAGCUGGAGCAAGAGAGGCAGGGGGCCCUGGAGCAGUACCAGACGGUGAUAAAGAAGCUGACAGAUGCCACCAACAACACAAAGACCUGGAAGCACAAGGUGGCCGAACACGAGGGAAUGCUACGGCUCAUUCAGCCAGGUUCAAAGGGACGGCAGAUGAUCACCAACUGGGGCCCAGCAGCUUUCUCUGAUGGGGAGCUCAGUCUGAGGGAGAAGAAAUGGCAGGAGUUGAAGAACCAGGAGAACCAGGCCCAAUAGAAAGCCCACCUAUAAGACCUGAAUCAUGAACAUGUGAGCAACUCAGAAGAGAUACAAGAGAGGGCUGCUGGAAGAAACUGGUUGGGAACUGAAUUUUCAGUGUAAUUCAAGUGCCAGAUCUAUGACUUUUACGCCUUCUUAGUAUCUUUACAUCAUAGGGGCAACUCUCCGUAAUUUUAAGACGACUUAGAUUCAAAGAGCAGUACACAGACUCCAGUCACGCUUUUACAUCUUAAGAUUAAAGUUCACUAACUCCAUCAAGGAUCCAACAUAAAAUACUAAGUCAAGAAAAGACAGAAAUGCUGUAAAUCAUGAGGGUUAGGGGUUAGUUGUUUAAUAAAUUUAUUUUUGCUGCAGUUUAAAAAGAGGAUCAGUUGUGUAUUUGUCCAAUGAUUUGUAAAGUUGCUGUCAAAGUGUUCAGGAUGUAGAACUGUGGUUGUGAAGAUAAAAGGAGCUCAUUGGAGGAAAUAGGCUCAACGAUAUUAGACUUUCACAUUUUAUUCUUUGUUGCAGAAAAGGAACUUUGCAUUGAUCUAGCAGUUAUCGAGUACUUCCUGCUUUAAUAAUCCAACACACCUAACAUACUAGAGGUUUCAAAUGUACAGUAAGGUGACUCCAUUAGCAGAAGUUGCUAUAUUUGAAUGAUGGGGCAGAUUCUACAUGAAAGAAACUAUAGCAAAACUAUAGUAAACAAAAUAAGCAUGACGCUGUAUGAGGGCGAAAUUACUGAUUGAGACAAUAAACUCAAAAGCAAAAUAUUUACUAAUGUAAUAAAUCAAGUGAGAUUUGGGGUCAUUUUCUCGCCUGGUUUCAUAUAUUUGCACUUCUCAUUGCAACCAGUUACGUCUCCCCCUGCUGGCCACCAGAGAGGAUACAGGUUUAAAAAUCUUUUUAUUUUAUUUUAUUUUUUUAAAGAUGUGCAGCAUAGUUAUGAAUGGAAAAGAGUGUGCACAUCACUACCUUUUGAUCUCUUUCACCUUGUAGAUUUGAAUCUAUGAAAAGCACUACUUUCCUCCGAUCAGGCUGUUGUAAAGUGAAAGACAAUGUGAAGCUUAACUUUCCUUUCCUGUGACUAUUCACUCUUUGGGACCAUUUUUAAGUAGAAAUUCUCGGGAUUUUUGUACAUCUUUGAACGAUGUCAGUAUUGUCACGGUUUCUGUUUUCUUUGCUGACCUGAAGUUGUUUGAAGGCAUUAUCAGCAGCAGUGGAGGACGAUGUUUUUUUUAAAUGUAAACCAUGUUUAACAAGGCUGUCUACUACAUCCUGCAAUUUAAAUAUAGUGUAUAAUAAACUAAAAUCUUUUAUCUUUAGAAUCAAAAGGCUGUUUUUUUAAUCUCUAGUUUGUCUGAGUUACGUCCGUCUCUUUCCACCGUCCUGCCUGUAAAUGCUGUUUGAAAUACGCCAUUGUGGCUCGAGUCUCACCCAGAAAACAUGACUAACUGCAGAACAUCUGUGCUGUAACCGUUAACGCCUUCGAGACUGCCAUGAGUGAACAAUGUACUAUGUAAUGUUUUUAUAAAUAUGUAAAAAGCUUUAGACUGAACUGUGUAAUAAACGUGUCCUUAACAAC